AUGAACCCAGCAUUACCCAACCCCACCUCUCCAACCCCGCAACCUCCCCUCACCCCCAUCUUCAACCUCUCAACCUCCACCCACCGUCACCUUACCACUCCCAGCCGCUCUCACCAUGACCCGCACCCUCUCUCUCUCUCCCAAAACCACGAUAAUUACCACCCAAAAGCUACGAAAAUGAAAACCUAUGAAUGGGGGGCUUCUUUGGGCUUGAAGUUGCUACUUUAUGCAAGAGAUCAAGGGGGUUGGGGAAGAGGGGCUGUGUUGAGGAUGGGGGAGGCCGAGAUGUGGGUUGUAGUCAUUAGAGAAGUUGAGAUGGAGGUUGAAGUCGUGAGAUGGGGAAUGAGUUUGUCAGUGGACCAAAAUGAUACUGGAGAAAUAGCUGAAUGA